AUGCCGCCCCUCAAGAAAAGAAAGAUCAGCCACGAUGACACGACCCUCCGGGCCACUGAAAAGCAGCGAGAGGAGUUAGCAACGGCGUCCGAAACGUCCUCUACUAGCACCGCGAGCGAUCCAGACACCACAGAAGACCGGCCGGCAGAUAGACACGCUGCCACGUUCAAAGAGUUGGGAAUCAUUGACCCGCUGUGCGAAGCCUGCGAGUCGCUGGGGUACAAAGCACCUACACCGAUCCAAGCCGAGGCCAUCCCUGUAGCGCUCCAAGGGCGAGAUCUCAUCGGACUCGCAGAGACGGGGAGCGGAAAGACGGCGGCGUUUGUGCUGCCGAUCCUGCAGUCGCUGAUGGACAAGCCGCAACACCUGCACUCGUUGAUUCUGGCACCGACGAGAGAACUGGCGUACCAGAUCUCAGAGGCCGUGGAGGCGCUGGGGUCGCUCAUUUCGGUCCGGUGCGUGGUGCUGGUGGGGGGGAUGGACAUGGUCUCGCAGGCGAUCGGACUGGGGAAGAACCCGCACGUCGUGGUGGCCACGCCUGGCCGUCUGCUGGACCACCUCCAGAACACAAAGGGGUUCUCCCUUCGCCACCUGAGGUACCUGGUCAUGGACGAAGCCGACCGCCUCCUCGACCUCGACUUCGGGCCGAUCCUCGACAAGAUCCUGAAGAUCAUCCCCAAGGAAGGCCGGAGGACGUAUCUCUUCUCGGCGACCAUGUCGAGCCGCGUCGAGUCCCUGCAGCGGGCGUCGCUCACCAACCCGCUCCGGGUGUCCGUCUCGCAGGACCUGCACCAGACGGUGUCGACGCUGAUCCAGUCGUACAUGUUCAUCCCGCACAAGCACAAGGACCUGUACCUCGUGCACGUCCUGAACGAGCUCGCGGGCCAGACGGGCAUCAUCUUCACGAGGACGGUCAACGAGGCGCAGCGCAUCUCGAUCCUGCUGAAGACGCUGGGCUUUUCGGCCAUCCCGAUCCACGGCCAGCUGUCGCAACACGCCCGGCUGGCCGCGCUGAACAAGUUCCGCGCCAGGUCGAGGAACCUGCUGGUCGCGUCCGACGUCGCCGCCCGCGGGCUGGACAUUCCGUCCGUCGACCUCGUGGUCAACUUCGACCUGCCGCACGACAGCAAGACGUACAUCCACCGGGUGGGACGGACGGCCCGGGCGGGCAGGAGCGGCAAGGCCGUGUCGUUCGUCACGCAGUACGACGUCGAGCUGUGGAUGCGCAUCGAGAAGGCCCUGGGCCAGAAACUGAAAGAGUACCCCACGGUCAAGGAGGAGGUCAUGGUGCUCGCGGAGAGGGUCGGCGACGCCCAGAGAGCCGCCGCGAUGGAAAUGAAGGAGUUGCACGAGAACAGAGGCAAGAAGGGGGCGACGCUGCGCCACAAGAGGACCGGCGGUGACAAGAGGGCACGAGACAAUAUGGACCAGGAUGAAGGAUGA